AGUUCAAGGAGGCGUUCUCGCUCUUCGACAAGGACGGCGACGGCACCAUCACCACCAAGGAGCUGGGCACCGUCAUGCGCUCGCUGGGCCAGAACCCCACCGAGGCCGAGCUGCAGGACAUGAUCAACGAGGGGUGGACGGCCGACGCUUCCCCAGGCAACGGCACCAUCGACUUCCCCGAGUUCCUCACCAUGAUGGCGAGGAAGAUGAAGGACACGGACAGCGAGGAGGAGAUCCGCGAGGCUUUCCGCGUCUUCGACAAGGACGGGAACGGGUACAUCAGCGCGGCGGAGCUGCGGCACGUGAUGACCAACCUGGGGGAGAAGCUGACGGACGAGGAGGUGGAUGAGAUGAUCCGCGAGGCCGACAUCGACGGGGACGGGCAGGUCAACUACGAGGAGUUCGUGCAGAUGAUGACGGCGAAGUGAGGGGGGGGCACGAGGCCACCGGGGCCCCCUCGCUGCCAAUGCCUGUCCCCGCCACCGAGGGGUCCCCGCACCCCCCCCCCCCCCCCAAACCCACCGUUGGGGGACACCCAUAGGGGCUUUAUGGGGAGGGGGGAACCCCAACAGGGCAGAGGAAUCCUAUAUCCUCCAUAGGGGCUUUGGAAGGGGAUGUGGGGGGACCCCGUUUCCCCACGGGGGGCUUGAGGGGAACCCGGGGCGGGGGGGGGCAGGGUGUCUCCCAUUUCCCUAUGGAGGGUUUGAGGGGUCCGGGGCAGAUCCAGGGUCCCCCUCCCAAAACACGGCAGGACCCUUUUUUGCCCCAGGAGAACAUUUGGGGACAUUUCAGGGUGAUCUGGGGGUCUCAGGAGGGCUGGGGAUCCCUGGGUGUGGGGGACUGGGACCAGGCCAUGGUUUUGGGGUAUUUUGGGGGGAUUUGGAGGACCCUAACCCCCACCCCCUAUUUGGGCGCUGUCGUGGGCGGCCAAAGCUGUGAAAUAAAGCACUGGUUUUGCAGUUC